UUGUUUCCGAUCUACAGUAUUGUUGCAAGAUUGGAUAACAUAUAACGCAUUUGCUUUGGAAGAAAAAAGCUGGAUAAUGAGCAGGUUAGCCGAAGAGAAAUAUAAUCGUCUCACUAGCCAUCUGAUCCGCUCUUGCGUUACACCUGAUAUCUUAAAGCGUGUGACAACGCUUAUAGUUGAGAAAGCCGUCCUUGAACCGACCUCUUGCCCUAUGUACGCUCAAUUAUGCUAUGAUAUACAUAACAAGCUGCCUAAGCUUCCACCUAAGACUAUGGUUAGUGGUGAGAUCACAUUCAAGAAGGUUUUGCUGAAUACAAUGCAAAAGGUGUUUGAGGGAACCUAUGAAUUGAGCGAGGAGAUUAGAAAGAUGAAUGCUCCUGAUCAGAAGGAAGAACGGAUAGAUAAGGAAAGGUUAUUGAAACUCCGAAAUCUAGGAAAUCUUCGUUUUGUUGGUGAGCUGUUUUUAAAGCAGAUGAUUCCAGAAAAGAUUGUUCACCAUAUUGUUCAGGAACUUUUGGGGGCUGAUAAGAAAAUGUGUCCACCAGAUGAGAUCUUGAAGCUCUGUCUCUUUCUCAAGACUAUCGGCAACAAGCUUGAUGAUUUCGAGAUCAAAAGAAUAAACGAUGUGUAUUUCAGACAUUUAAAGAGGCUCUCAGAUCAUUCUCAAUUGGAUAAGCGUACAAGAUUUAUUGUUCGGCAUAUCAUUGAUCUGCGCUCAAACCAAUGGAUUCCAAGCUUGAAAGAGUCAUUCGACUACUCUUUAUUAAACAGUUCAUGGUUCAUGGAUAAUGUCUAGUUUUUUAUGAAUUAUGAGGUGUUAUUGUCU